GCAGCCAGAAAAACACACAGAUCAGCGGACUAACAGCGCGGACCGUCGCGAAGGGUGGAACACAAAGUCUCUAUAUUCUGGGAGCUUCUCUUUUUGCUCGGAUAAGGAAUCGCUCAAUUUCAGAGAGAUGGCCCAGGAGACCAAUCAAAGCCCCGUGCCCAUGCUCUGUGCCACCGGCUGCGGUUUCUACGGCAACCCUCGGACCAGUGGCAUGUGCUCGGUCUGUUACAAAGAGCAUUUAACACGACAAAACAACGGGGGAGUCAGUCCUAUUAGCACAAUGGCAGCUUCCAGCAGUGUCACCAGUAGUCCUACCUCUGAAUCCUCAGCCAUCCAGAUCAUCGAAGCUACACUAAACAACUCCUCGUCUGCUAGUGUUGAGUCACCCAACUGCACCGCCGCCACUGCUGCCCUUCCCGUUACACAACAGAUGACGGAGAUGAGCAUUUCCUGUGAAGACGAGGUGGUCUCGCUUAAAGUAGAAGUUCCUGAACCAGUUGUCACUCAGCCGACGGCGUCCGCCGCUCCUCCGAGCACAGCUGAAGGUGAAGAGACCAAAACACCCGACGCCCCCAAACCCAAGAAGAACAGAUGCUUCAUGUGCCGCAAGAAGGUGGGCCUGACAGGGUUCGACUGCCGCUGUGGGAAUCUCUUCUGUGGACUCCAUCGCUACUCGGACAAGCACAACUGCCCCUACGACUACAAGGCAGAGGCUGCGGCCAAGAUCCGCAAAGAGAACCCGGUGGUGGUGGCCGAUAAGAUUCAGAGAAUUUAAAGCGCUCGCCGUCUGCACCUCGACUUUGCGAGAGAUCAGAUACAAGGACUCGCACGUUGACCUGUGAUUCUAAAGACUAGUUUUUUUAAUUACAAUAUGGGAAAGAAUCUUGUUUCUAUGCCGAUGCAUGAGUGAUCACUGUUUCCACCUUUCUUUUGCUUUCUGUUGUUGGUAUAUGAGCUUCAAGGUAAAACAAAUGGGGG